UUUUCCCCCUUGGCUAUGGUGUUCUUGGAGCUCUUUAGUUUUCCCCCAGGGCGCUAGGGUUUCGCGUGCGCGGAUCUAGGGCGCCUUGCUGGGAGCUGCGACGCCGGGCGCGCCUCACAGGAAAACAACGCACUAAAAUCCACUUGUUCCGAGACCGAUGUGACUUCUCGUCUGGGAUGAAGAGGUUGCCUGGGAAUGGAGCUCAAGGCAAUUCUCCUAGGGGUUUUAGCACUCUGGCUCACUCUGGGAAGUUUUUCCAUCGAAUUCUCAAGCGCCCACAACAUCGCCAAUGACUUCCAGGCACAAGCUCCCCAUCUCGGCUGCUCACCAUUUGCCAAGUCUUCGCCGGUUCACUGUGAAGAAGACUUACAUGGAAGCGGCUCGUUCGACACGACUUGCUACUUGGAAGAGAGUGUGUCGGUGGGCAGGGAUCUCUGCAUCGCCGGCGCGGGAAAUCUCAGCAUCUCUUCCGACGUGACACUCGACUGCCCCUUCUCCGGAUGCACCAUAGCAGUGAGUCUCUCCGGGGACGUGAUUCUGGGGGUGAAUGCGUCCAUCGUUGCGGGAACGAUCGUCAUCCAGGCCGAGAACACGUACUUGAGGGCGAACUCGUCACUUUCAUCGCUUGGUCUCGGUGGAGCACCACCUGCACAGACAAGUGGCACUCCCUCAGGGCUCGAAGGCGCUGGUGGCGGUCACGGGGGACGAGGGGCUUGCUGUGCCACCAAAGAUCAAGGUGAUAUAUGGGGUGGUGACGUGUAUGCUUGGUCGUCGCUUGCUACGCCUUGGUGCCAUGGAAGUCGUGGAGGUAGCACGAGCGAGACUGUAGACUAUAGUGGUGGUGGUGGUGGCCGGAUCAACGUCACAGUAAUACACGCUUUGGAGCUGAAUGGGACUAUUAGUGCAGAUGGAGGAUCCGGGGGGAAGAAAGGUGGUGGUGGCUCUGGUGGUAGUGUGAUUGUGGGGGCUGCUAGAUUGACAGGAGUUGGGACAAUAACGGCUAGAGGCGGCGAUGGUCGGGGUGGGGGAGGCGGUGGUCGCGUGGCUGUCAAGUGCUAUAGGCAGGAAGAUGUCUCCAUUUACGUCCAUGGGGGGAGUAGCUUUGGCUGUCCAGAAAAUGCUGGGGCCGCAGGAACGCUCUUUUAUGUCGUUCGGCAGAGCUUAACCAUCAGCAAUAACAACAAAUCGACUGUGACUGAUACUCCUCUACUGGACUUCCCUACACAUCCUCUCUGGGUGGAUGUGGAAGUGCUCUGUAGAGCUAGAGUGGUAGUUCCGCUGCUCUGGAGUAGAGUUUUGGUUCGAGGGCAGAUAAGUUUAUCGUACGAAGGGACACUUAUAUUUGGCUUGGCUCACUAUCCAAGCUCUGAGUUUGAACUUGUUGCGGAGGAGGUUGUUAUGGAGAAUUCAAUAAUCAAGGUUUAUGGAGCUCUCAAGCUGUCUGUAAAGAUGCUGUUGAUGUGGAAUUCUAUUUUGCAAAUUGAUGGUGGCGGAGAUGUCAUGGUCAGCACAUCCACUAUGGAAGCCAGCAACUUGGUGUUUAUAAGGGGUAAAUCAGCUUUGCAAUCCAAUACAAAUCUUGGCAUUCAUGGACAAGGGAUGCUUAAGUUGGCCGGUGCUGGUGACUACAUCAGAGCUCAAAGACUAUUUCUGUCGCUUUUUUAUAACAUUCAUAUUGGUCCAGGCGCCAUGUUAUUAGCUCCACCCGAUGAGACUACAACUACAGACGAGUCUUCAAAACUUUAUUGCGACACCUCCAAAUGCCCUGCCGAGAUUAUCAAUCCUCCGGAGGACUGUACCUUAAAUGUUUCACUCCCUUUCACCCUUCAGAUAUGCCGUGUGGAAGACAUUGCAAUUGACGGUGUUAUACGGGGUAGUGUCGUCCAUCUUCAACGUGGCAGGACUGUUACAGUCAAUCCCGGAGGACUCAUAUCAGCUGCUGGCCUUGGAUGCAAAGGUGGUCUUGGAAAAGGUCACUCGUCUUCGUCAGGCGCUGGAGGAGGUGGAGGAUUUGGAGGCAGAGGUGGCAAAGGGUAUUACAAAGGCAGCUGGAGCGAGGGAGGAGAUACUUAUGGAAAGAAGACUCUUCCAUGCGAACUAGGAAGUGGUGGUGGAAAUUCUUCAACCUCAAAUAAAAGCAGCAGUGGUGGUGGAGUGAUUGUUAUGGGAUCGCAAAAUCACCCUCUUUCAACUCUCGAAGUUUAUGGAACUAUCAGCGCUGACGGUGGAAGUCUUACCAACUCGAGUGGUUCCGAUGCCAAAGAAGAAACAGGAGCUGGUGGUGGAUCCGGCGGUAGUGUUUUGCUCUUCCUGCAAAAUCUGGCCUUGCAAAAUGGAUCAGUCCUUUCUGCGGGUGGAGGCGAAGGUGGGUAUGUAGGUGGAGGCGGUGGCGGCGGCGGACGAGUUCAUUUUCAUUGGUCAAACGUACCAACUGGAGACGAUUUUGUUGCAAUUGCAACGAUAAAAGGACUUAUACAUACCAAAGGUGGAAAUGGAGGGGAUAUUGGCUAUGCCGGAGACGAUGGUACCAUAACCGGAAAAGAGUGCCCAAGCGGUUUGUUUGGAGUUUUCUGCAUGGAAUGCCCUGUUGGAACAUACAAGAAUGACUCUGGCUCGGAUGCUUCCUUGUGCAAACCUUGCCCUCCGGAAAAAUUGCCUCGGCGGGCUUCUUAUGUCUAUGUUCGUGGAGGAGCACUCAAGCCUACAUGCCCCUAUCAGUGCCAUUCCGAUAAGUACAGGAUGCCAAACUGUUAUACACCAUUAGAAGAGUUGAUAUAUGCGCUGGGAGGGCCUUGGCUAUUUACUCUGCUCUUAUCUGGUCUUAUGAUAGCUUUGGCUCUCGUGCUGAGCAUUGCUCGUGCGAAGCUAGUCGGUACAGACGACUUCUCUGGGCCUACUCCAGCCCCACAGGGCGCUCAUAUUGAUCAUUCCUUUCCCUUCUUGGAAUCUUUGAAUGAGGUCUUAGAGACCACAAGAGUCGAAGAAUCCCAAAGCCAUGUACAUAGGAUGUUCUUUAUGGGAUGUAAUUCUUUCGCAGAGCCUUGGCAUCUUCCUCAUUCUCCGCCCGAGCAAAUCGUUGAUCUUGUGUACGAAGACGCUUUCAACAGAUUCGUUGAUGAGAUCAAUUGCCUUGCAGCGUACCAGUGGUGGGAAGGGUCUGUGUACAGCAUACUGUGCUUUGCUGCAUAUCCCGUUGGCUGGUCAUGGCAGCAGUGGCGCCGGAGGAGAAAAGUUCAGCAACUUCGUGAGUUUGUAAGGUCCGAGUAUGAUCACGCAUGUUUACGUUCGUGUAGAUCACGAGCACUGUACGAGGGCCUGAAGGUGGCUGCAACCGCCGAGCUAGUCCUGGGCUAUAUUGACGUCUUUCUGGGUGGCGACGAGAAACGACCGGAUUUACCUCCAAAGCUAAUGCAAAGGCUUCCAAUGUCAAUCAUUUUUGGUGGAGAUGGUAGCUACAUGGCUCCCUACCACCUUCACAGCGAUAACCUUUUGACAAGUCUCAUGGGACAGGCUAUACCAGCGACCAUAUGGUAUCGAAUGGUAGCCGGUUUAAAUGCACAGUUAAGACUGGUCCGCAAGGGGCGGCUAAGAUCUACGUUGAUACCAGUUAUUGAGUGGCUGAAUUCGCAUGCAAACCCGAGGCUGGAGCAUCACGGUGUCGCUGUUCGUUUGGCAUGGUUCCAGGCCACUGCCUCUGGAUACUAUCAGCUGGGACUUGUUCUAAAUACUGCUGAGUCCUUUUCUUCAAUGCCCCUGGAUAGUAUGGCUUCAUUAUGGUCUCAGCAUCCAAGGACAAACAACGGCGUCCAAGCUCCACUUCUUUCCUCUGAGCGGCAGCAUGAACAAACUCCUCGACUAAGAAGAGCUGGGGGAGGUUUAAUAGACACGGUUACCUUGCGUACUUUGGAGGAUUCAAGAGACAUACUGUAUCCUCUUUCAUUGUUAUUGCAGAACACCCGGUGUGUCGGCCACCACGCUUUAGUGGGUCUGGUCAUCUCAAUUUUGCUCCUCGCGGAUUUCAGCCUUACGCUACUAUUGUUGCUCCAGUUUUACUCGAUUUCGUUGGACGCAUUCCUUGUUGUGCUCCUAGUUCUACCCCUGGCGUCGCUGCUUCCUUUUCCUACAGGAAUCAACGCUCUCUUCAGCCACGGCCCCCGGAAAGCUGCCGGACUGGCUAGAGUAUACAACCUCUGGAACAUGACUUCUCUCACAAACACGGUGGCAGCGUUUGUCUCGGGUUUUUUCCACUACAAAGUCAAGUUCUCAUCGAAAAACCUGUCGUCCCUCCUGAGCUUGGCGUUUAGUUCGGAGGAGAACAACUGGUGGCUCAUUCCCGUCGCUCUGCUCGUCUGUAAAUGUACCCAGGCAAGGAUCGUAGAUUGGCACGCUGCAAAUCUGGAGAUCCAGGACCGGACUGUCUAUACCGAAGACCCGGCCAAGUUUUGGGAGGCCUGAUCAAAUCUCACAAGAUACGCUCUCUCGUCAUCCAGUGAGUUUGCAUAGAGCAAGCACAGUUUUGCAUUUUGAUUAUCCUCCUUCUUACUCUUUUUUUUAUCCUGUAAAGAAAGAAAACGAACAGAAAAAUGGUCAUAAGUUAUAUUAGUACUCUA